CUCCAUCACCCUUCUCCUCUCUCCCACCCAUUCAGACCCCCAUGUCCGCACAGACACAGGAACAGGCACACGACAACGUGGCGUACCAUAGCGACCCGGCCAGGAUCCAAGAGCUCCGUCGUUUGCUCCUCAAUUCUCUCCAGAAAACCACUCCCUGCGACUGCAUCCUCCUCUCCGGCGGAGUUGACACCUCAAUCUUAGCUGAGGCCGCCUACACAGUCUACAACCAAAGCAAAGAUUCCAACCCGGACCUCCAACGGCCUCUCGUGGGCGCCAUCACCGUUCUCUGUACAGAUCAAGCCACGGAUGAAUUCUAUGCCAGUCAGAUCGCCGCCCGAACGGGGCUCGUUCAGGAAGUCGUCAAGAUCACGCUCGACUCCGUCCUAGAAGAACUCGAGUUCUGUAUCAAGACUCUCGAAACCUUUGACCCGAUGGAACUCCGGAACGGGAUCGUGAUCGCUCGAGGGCUCUCGGUCGCCAAACAGUUGGGGUAUAAGACCGUCAUGACUGGCGAUGGUGCCGAUGAGCUCUUUGCGGGAUAUUCGUUUCUACACAACAUGUCCGCAGAGCGCCUGCAGGCCUAUUCCGACAAAUUGACAAAGACCAUGCGCUUUUCGGGAGUCACCCUCGCCAGAGCUCUCGGGUUGGAGCUCGUUCAGCCAUUCUUGGAUCCGGAAUUGAUCGCUUUCUCGCAGCAGUGUACCAAGGAAGAGAAGAUUAAUUAUCAUGAGCACACCAAAGAAAGAGAGUGGCAGGAUCGACUUUUAGGGAGACAGCUGCACGGCAAGUUUAUUCUGAGAGAGGCCUUCGAGAAGGAAGCCUUUUCUGCAUGGCGAAAGAAAGAGCCCAUCGAGGUUGGUUCCGGUACGACGGUCUUGCCCAAGCUGUUCCAGGAAUCGAUGGAUCCAGAGGAGCUGGAGAAGGAGCAGGGCAUGAUUUUUGCCGAAGAGGGGAUCAAGAUCAGGGAUGCGGAGCAUUUGAUGUACUUUAAGGUGUUCAAGAAGGUCUUUGGCGAUGAUUUGAGUACCUAUCCCGAGAAACUCAAGAAGGACGGUCGCGAUCCGUGUCCAGGCUGUGGAUUCAAUCUCACGACUCCCGAUCAGACCUUUUGCGUGAUCUGCGGACAGUGGCCAGCACGUAUCCUACCGCCUCCAGAAGAGAUGGCCAAGGUUUUAGCAACCAAAUCUGAUGCCACUGCCUCGAACUAGAAGGACUUCUCCAUCUUUAGAAUAAAGACUGUCU